UUCGGUCAACCAGGUGAAGUGGUGUGCACAAUUUUACCUCGGUCCGAGAAAAUUUUCAUUUUUUUGACGUAAUUCUAGUCUUCAACUGAAUUUUUCGGUCUGGGUGAGUUUUAUAUUUAGUCAGCCGUUAAUAUUUGCUUUGGUUUGGUGUCGCAGUUCGCAAUAAUUUAGCGCUUUUCAUAUCAUGGCAUGUGCUUCGGGGGGUAAAGACCCCCCUGAUAGAAACGAUCGUAUCGUAGUUAAUAAUCCGAUAGUGUUUGCAAAUGAUUUUGAUUCCUUUCAAGCUCAACUAAACUUGUCCCAAGCUUCUACCUCCUCUAGCAGUGGUUAUUCAUCAGCCUUGACGCUUUCGCCUUUAGCUAAGAAAACAGCACAUGCUAUCGCUCAGCAUCAAUACUUCUUAGUACCCACUAAGGAGGAAAUAGAUUUAUUGGAGACAGAGUUACAAAAGCUUAAAUCUGUCUUCGUGGAAGAUCAGGAUGCCCUAAACGAAAUUGCAAGAAUUUCAGUCAACAUAAGGAGAACACUUAACCGAAAGUAUAAGUAUGAACUUACAGACCAGGGACCAUUUCUUAUCAUAAUGGAGGGAAUAACUUCUCAAGUUGGAAACAUUCACCCGAUGAAUAUUGGAAAAAUUUUGCACAGAGCUGGAGUACAAGGUAUAACAAAAAUCAAUAGAAAAGGGGCUAAUAAAAUUGGAAUUGAAUUCAGAACAUCAGAGUAUGCUAAUCAGUUUUUGUCAAAUGAAAGUUUCAGUUCUGCUAGAGGCUAUAAUAGGUACAUUCCACAACGUCUUGUCACUUGUAGAGGACUAAUCAAGGAUGUAGGGGACCAAAUUACGGAAGAGGAUUUUUACUCAGAAGCGGUAGCUUAUACAGGAGAAGGAUCCCGGGCCAGGUUGAUUAAGAUAUUAAAUGUAAAAAGAGUCUUAAGAAGGAAGAAAAUACUUGCUAUUUCUGGUGAAACAGUAAUGAAAACCAUCCCCACAAACGAUUAUAUUGUAACAUUUGAAGGCAAAUCAUUACCCCAAACUAUUUGGACAUGUCAAAAAUAAUUGUAGAGGCAAGCCUCGUUGCGGUUUUUGUACAGAAGAUCAUCUUAUGUUUGUUUGUCAAAAAAGAGAGCAAGCAAUGAAAAAAAUGAAAUGCCCUGCAGAUCAUCUUAACAAUCUGACUAAAACGUGUAAAAUUCCAAAUUGUGAAGUAAAUCCAAAACCAAGCUGCGUAAAUUGCAAGGGACACCACACUGCUACUGACUGGGGAUGUCCCGAAUACAAACGGCAAAAACAAAUUAACGAAACCAUGAGCUUCUACAACCUUUCUUUUUAUGAAGCAGCUAAACUGCAUCCACGGCUAAUUAAUGCAAACCAAGGCUUUACCCGAAAACCAGAAGAUUUUCCUAGUUUAAAUAAAAAAACUCAGAAUAAACCUCCUCAUCCAACAAGUCCUCAGGGCUGUUCCUCAUAUACAUCAGUACUUAAAAGAAAACGGCCUGACACCCAAUUUACCAAAGGGUAUGAUAAAGUAGCCCAUGAACUAACUUUGUUACCCUCAAGUGCAAGAAGAAAAGUCUCAUCUAUACAAGUAGUUGAAAACUCGACAUCAGAGUCGGAAAUGGAAGUAACUCCUGUAGGAAAUGGCUGGGAAGAAGUAUGCAACAAGUUUGAAGCUUUCAAAAAAGACGUUAUGUCAAUAAAGGGUAUGGAUGAAAAUUGUGUCAACAAUAUCAAACAAUAUUUUGGUUCAUUUGACCUACGGAGGGGGGGCGGCUGCGAUGGCAGCGGUUGACCUACAGGGGUUAGAAAAAGCAAAGGUAAUCUUAUCACUAGUUUUAAUCUAACAGUAGUUUUUACGUAACAAAACUAAGUUUAAGUUUUAGUCACAAGCGUUUUAUAGUUGAGCUAUAAUGAAUAUCGUUCACUGGAACAUUUGCGGGGCUGAAAAAAAUAAAGAUGCUAUCAUUAGAGUUAUAAGGGAUUUUAAGCUACAGAUCUUAUUGCUCAAUGAAACCUUGCUCAAACCCAACACUAACUUUAAAAUAUCAGGGUUCUCUUCUGUAAGAGCAGAUAAACCUAAUGGUGCAGAUGGUAUAGCAAUUUUCUUGAAAAACAAAAUAAAAUAUAAUAUCAUCGACUUAAGCAGAAUUAAUAUACCAGAGAGGUGUCAGGUUAUUCUUGUAGAGCUUGUCGAUUUUUUUAUUUGUUGUGUUUACAACCCUCCAGAUAUUUGUUUGGUCAGGGCAAGCCUCGAUUCAAUUUUCGAUCUAACCCGUAAUAAACCCGUCCUCGUUAUGGGAGACUUUAAUGCCCAUAAUCCAAUAUGGGGUUCCCAGGUCAGUUACUCACGGGGAAUUAGAAGUGGGAACAUUCUUUAUGAUUUCAUUAAGGAUCACGAUUUGUGGGUACUAAACGAUGGAUCAGCUACUCGGCUCACACGCCCAGGCGUACACAGCGCUCCAGAUGUAGCUUUUUGCUCCCAGAGACUGUCUGGACUUACUGACUGCAGGGUUCUCCAGGAUAGAGUGAAUAGCGAUCAUUUUCCUAUUUUGUGUAUCAUCGGAAAUAACCGUUGCAACUCAGGUUCGACAAGAAACUACACUAGCAAAUAUAAUUUCAACAAGGCAGACUGGGAGAAAUUUUCUGAUUUAAUCUCCACGAAAUUUAGAACUUCACCUCCUAUAAAUUAUGAGGAUUUUAUGAAUAUAAUUUUCCUAUCUAUUGCAGAAUCUGUUCCAAUGCAUAAACACUCAUUAAACUACGGGUUACCUUGGUGGGAUAAUGAGUGCACCAACGCUAUUAAAAGGAAAAGACAAGCAUUCAGAGACUAUAAAAACAACCCCUCUGAGACCAACUUCCUGGAAUCAUUAAGAACCCGGGCACAAACAAGACAGCUGCUACGUAAGAAGAAAAAGGAAGGCUUUGUCAACUUUUGUGAGAAUCUAUCUCCAAAUACUAGUGCAAAAGAAGUUUGGAGCAGUAUUAGAAGGUUUGCUAAAGGUAUCAGGUACCAAAAUUAUCAUUUUCCCUUGAAUUUCUCAAUCCCACAAGAUAUGUUUGAUCUUUUGACGCAACCUCCCUCUAGGUUGCCUAAUAUCCCCGAAUGUCGCUUCUCAUCAGAAUAUACAGAAGACUUCCAUAUCUCAGAAUUUGUCGCGGCCGUUAAAGGUCGGAAGAGCAAGAGUCCCGGUGUGGAUAAAGUACCUUUCAGUGUGCUCAGCCAUCUCCCUGUUGAAGGAGCAGUCUUUCUUAUCAAAUUUUUCAACAAAAUACUUCGGAGGGAAACCACCAUUCCAGAGACGUGGAAAACCCAAAUGGUGAUCGCAAUUCCUAAACCGGGGAGAGACCCCUCAGCGUUAUCGUCCUACAGGCCCAUCAACCUAGCUUCUUGCAUAAGCAAAACUUUUGAAAUUAUGAUCAAAAACCGACUGGAAUGGUUCGUAGAGAACCAAGGUUUAAUAGACGUUCGCCAAACCGGUUUCAGAAAGGGUAAGGGAACUUUCGACAAUCUUGCAGUUAUCUCCUCAGAGGUCCUCUGCCGUUUGGCUCGCAAUCAACUAGCAGCAAUGGUGACUUUGGACAUAUCCAAUGCCUACGAUAAUAUAAAUGUUGACUUAUUGACCUCGGUGUUGGCCAAAAUUGGAAUCGCCAGAGAUUUGACUUUGCUCAUUAAAGAUUUUCUCACGAACAGGAAGAUACAAGUUAAAGAUCCAUCUACUAAUACAUUCGUGUCAGGCAGAACCACUAGCAAGGGAGUUCCCCAAGGUUCCCCUCUUUCUCCAUUACUAUUUAAUAUUUACAUCAAUUCAAUCAAUGAAACAAUUCCUGAGAACAUAAGACUUUUACAGUUUGCGGACGAUACCGCCUUGCUGAGUACUGGGACUGAUGCCGAAACAAUAGUGAACAAUUUGAAUAGAACUUUGCAAAAUAUACAUAUUUGGUCUUUGAAUGUAGGACUUGAGAUUAACCCCAAUAAAUCUGCAGCUAUAUUUUUUUCCAGGAAGAAUUACAAGGUUAAUUAUCUCCCCAGACUUCACCUCAACACUCGAACCAUUGCAUGGACAAAUUCCAUCACAUAUCUAGGAGUGAUUUUUGAUCCAAAACUGUCAUGGGAGCCACAAAUUAGAAAUAUGAUACAGAAAGCUUCAGGUGGGUUGAAUAUGAUGCGAUUUAUAAGUAGAAUCUGGUGGGGGGCACAUCCCUCUACCCUUCUAACUUUUUACAAAGCUUAUGUUAGACCCCAUUUGGAUUAUGGAGCCUCUUUUUUGGGUGGUAGCUCAAGAAAGUCUAUUGCUCAACUUAACAAAAUUCAAUUUGAGGCACUGAGAAUAGCUCUGGGAUAUAUGAAGUCCACACCUACUAACAUACUUCUAGGGGAAGCAAGUGAAAUGGAUUUAGAACACAGAAGAUACAUGCUAGCGACUAAAUCAUUAUUGAAAGCUGCCAGUUUAGUGGACAGUGAAACCUUAGCUGCGGUUAGAUGGUUAUAUAUCACCUAUAAUGAAAACUAUUACUUUUUUCGGAAAAAGAGUAUUCCUGCACUUGUGGAUGCUUUUGAAAGAGUUGAUUCACUGUUAGUUACACUUUACAGGAGCCCAGUUUAUCCCUGUUUUUCUUGCCCACUGCCGAACCUUUUAAGCUCUGUUCAAAUCCAAGACUUAAAACUAAAGAAAGAUAAUAAUAACUCCAAAUUAUUUGAAAUUAAGAAGAGCGAGACUUGGACCCCAGAUUUUCAUUUAAUUUUUACAGACGCCUCAAAAGAUAAAGAAGGCCGAGUAGGUUUUGGCGUUUACAACUACAAUACGAACCUUAAAAUGGGACAAGGCCUACCAAGUGAACUAUCCAUUUGCUCUGCCGAGAUUUAUGCUAUUGGUCAAGCUCUUGAUUGGAUUGAAUUCAAGGACAUCAACAAAGCAGUCAUCCUUUCAGACUCCAAAAGUGCCCUCGAAGAUAUCAAUAAAACUGGGAUGGAUGCAAAGUCUAACUACCUAACCUUGCAGGUUAAGAAUAAACUAUUUACCUUAAUAAAAACGCAAAAUAAGGACAUCCAAUUAUGCUGGAUACCAAGCCAUACCAGUAUAAAAGAAAACGAUAUUGCGGAUCAGAUCGCCAAUGCUGCACGCCUCGAACCACAGGAAAAUAUAAAAUUGAGCUUUAGGGAAUUCUUCCCUAAAUUAAAGCAUAACAUCUGGAAUGCUUGGAGCGACAGAUGGAAACAUAUAGGAUUAGGGAAAGGAGUUAAUUUCACCUCACAUUAUUCUACUCCGCCAACUAAACCCUGGUUUCAUAAGCUCGACCUGAAUAGAAGAGAAAUUACAACUAUGUGUAGACUGAGAAGCAACCAUUGCUGUUCUCCGGCUCACCUAAAUAGAAUCAAAGUCAAACUCUCCGGAGACUGUGAAUGUGGAGAACUGGGCGAUUUAAGUCAUGUGCUGUUUGAUUGUGCUCUUCAUUGGGAAAAAUCACAACAGUUGUAUGAGUCACUCAUUAGUGCUAAUUUUCCUUCGCCUCUGCAUAUUAAUUCCAUUUUAUUUCACCGCACUCAGUUGGAUUUUGCUGCUAGAAUUGUUUGCCGAUUUUUAGAUGCAUGUGGAUUAAAACUUUGAAUAUUGUUUUCACAUAUUCUAAUUCUUUCGUCCAUUUUUUUU